AUGGAUGUUGAUGUCACUGAUGAGUCUUCUGACGCCCUCAUUAUUACACCAUUGGGAUCCGGUCAAGAAGUGGGUCGUUCAUGUCAUUACUUGACCUUCAAAGGCAAGAAAAUAUUGUUAGAUUGUGGAAUUCAUCCGGGUAUGAGUGGUGUAGAUGCUCUUCCAUUUGUGGAUUUUGUGGAUUGCGAGGAGCUCGAUCUGCUUCUCGUAACACAUUUCCAUUUAGAUCAUUGUGGUGCUUUGCCUUGGUUGCUUGAAAAAACAGCAUUUCGUGGUCGAUGUUUUAUGACUCAUGCUACGAAAGCUAUUUAUCGUAUGUCUAUUGGGGAUUAUUUGAAAGUGUCAAAAUAUGGUGGUUCAGGGGACAGUCGAUUGCUUUAUAAUGAAGAAGAUCUAGAGAAGAGUAUGGAAAAAAUUGAGGUAAUUGAUUUCCAUGAGCAAAAAGAAGUGAAUGGUAUCAAGUUUUGGUGCCAUGUUGCGGGCCAUGUAUUGGGUGCUUGCAUGUUUAUGAUCGAAAUUGCUGGUGUUAAAGUAUUAUAUACAGGAGAUUUUUCAAGACUUGAAGAUCGCCAUUUAUGUGCAGCCGAACUGCCAACUGUUUCACCUGAUGUUUUAAUUUGUGAGUCAACUUAUGGCACACAAAUCCAUGAAAGUCGGGAUGAAAGAGAAAAAAGGUUCACGGGAACUGUGCACGAAAUUGUCAGUCGAGGUGGACGCUGUCUUAUACCAGCAUUCGCUCUUGGACGUGCCCAAGAAUUGUUGCUUAUUUUGGACGAGUAUUGGGAAGCUCAUCCUGAGCUACAGGAUAUUCCUGUAUAUUACGCGAGUUCAUUGGCUAAAAAAUGUAUGGCCGUGUACCAGACAUUUGUUAGUGGAAUGAAUAGUCGAAUUCAGAAACAGAUAGCUUUAAAUAACCCAUUCGUUUUCAAACAUGUCUCUAAUCUAAAAAGUAUCGAUCACUUUGAAGAUGCUGGUCCAUGCGUUGUUCUUGCCUCACCAGGUAUGCUACAGAAUGGUCUCAGUAGAGAGUUAUUUGAAAAUUGGUGCACUGAUUCCAAGAAUGGCUGUAUUAUAGCAGGUUAUUGCGUAGAAGGCACUCUUGCUAAGCAUAUUUUAUCAGAGCCAGAAGAGAUUGUUGCAUUGAAUGGACAAAAAUUAACUAUGCGUUUGCAGAUUGCUUAUAUCAGUUUCUCGGCACAUACAGACUAUACUCAAACAUCCGAUUUCAUUCGCGCUCUUCGACCACCGCAUCUGGUACUGGUGCAUGGGGAAAUGAAUGAAAUGAAUCGUCUGAAGGCAGCAGUCAUCAGGCAAUAUGAAGAUGAAUUAGAUUUUCAUAUAGAAGUGUAUAAUCCCAGGAACACAGAAUCUGUUGAACUGCAUUUUAGAGGAGAGAAGACAGCUAAAGUUGUGGGUAAGAUGGCAAUGACUCCUCCUGUAGAUGGUCAAAUUUUGAGUGGAGUUCUGGUUCGGCGGAAUUUCAACUACCAUUUAAUGCAUGCUAGUGAUAUUAGUGCUUAUACUGAUUUGUCGAACAGCGUUUUGACUCAGCGAGAGAGUGUUUUCUACAAUGGAACCAUUCCAUUGUUGCUUCAUAAUUUGCAACAAAUAUCUGGUGAUGUCAGCUGUGAAGAAAACGAUUCCAAAGUUGUUUCCGAUCCCUCUCAUAUCAUCAAACUGUUUGAUGCUCGAAUCAAUGUAGCAGUUUAUCACUCACAUCAUGUCGUUAUUAUUGAAUGGACAUCUAACCCCGUAAGUGAUAUGUUCGCUGAUGCAACUUUAGCUGCUAUUUUACACGCUCAAACCAAUCCAGUGCCCGAUAAAAAUCUCAGCAAAUGGGGAGUAAAAACGAACGAAGCAGAGUGUUUAAUGAAAACACUAGCUGAAUUGUGCGGUGAUCAGGCAGUAAUUCAGGUUUCUGGUAAUACAGUCGAGUUGAAAAUAGAUGGCAAAGAAGCUAGAAUAGAUCUCGACACAAUGCAUAUAGCAUGUACUGACCAGUUGCUGCAUCACUUGAUCUCAUCUGUUUGCCACAAAAUGAUGAAUUGUUUGUUACCAGUUUGUACUGCAACAACUGUGAAAUGA